AUGUUUGAAUCUGUUGUUACGGAAUAUCUUGAUGAAACAAAAGGCAAAGACUGGUCAAUUCUCGGAAUUUUAGAAUUUGCGCGAUCAAACUUGAGCCCUAAAUUAUCCGUGGCCACAAUCAAUGAUUUUAAGGACGAUCUAUACACAAUAUUACGAAUGAAGCAAUUCAUCAAAGAUCUUGAAUAUCACGAAGAAGCGCGACUUAAUGUCACGUCCACGUAUACAGUCAAAGUUUUAAAGGAUCAGCAAGAGAACCAGAAGCUUAUUGAUCAAUUACGAGAAACAGGCAAUAAACCUGAUGAUGAUAUUUUCCAACCCACUGUGUCUACUGGACAAAAGCGAAAAUCAUUACCAGAGCAGUCAAAUCAAGAUUUGGAAAAGGAAGUUGAUAUCAAUUUUUCCGAAACAAGUACUGCCAACUCACAAACUUUGGAUAUCGACAAUGAAUCUAUGAUAGAAUUAGAGAGAAGAGCAAAUGAAACGAUCAAAAGGCUUCUACCAUCUAAUGAACUGGAAGAGGUAUGGAAAUUAGUCAUGGAUCGUAUGAGCGAAAAAAAUAUAAAAGUUCAAGCAAUAGAAUCAAGAAUAAUCGACUUGACGAACUGGUCAAGUGUUGAGUGGUCGCGAAUUCUGAAGACUGAAGAUAAAGCGAAAUUAUUCAGAACGUGUCAGCAAAAAUUAUUAAAAGAUCAAAUCGAUGAAAAUGUUAUUCAUUUAAUUGACAAUACCAGUCUGAGAAAUUUAAAUGAUUUGAAACAGUUAAAAGAUAAACUAUCAAACAUUGGAUCUGAAGAUGGCAAUUUAUCGGCCGAAAUUAUUUCUUUUUUUCAUAAGUGUUACAGACGUGAAGUAAACAUAUUGUUUCUCCCAACACGAGAAAGAGACUAUAUAUUAAGAAUUAUGUCUCCUAUCUUAACUGAUCUUUUGGAAGAACAUGACAGCGGUCGUUUCCAAACAUAUUGGAUCGAAAAAGAAUCUAAAGCAGUGCAAACUAGAAAAAGACGUAAAAUCCAUGCAGAAUAUGUUAAAUUUGGGAACGAGUCUACUAAAUUAGACGUUGUCAUAGAGUUACGCAAUUACGGUAUUGAAUUGGUAACUGCAGAAGUUGGCAUCACUCAAAAAGACCAUGAUGAUUUGAAGUUUCGUGAGGAUCAUACAGCAUUAAAAAUAGAAUUGAAGGACAUGAUAGAUAACUUCUAUGAUGUGCUUCAUUUUAAAAAGAAAGAUUUAGCCGAAAUCUUUGUCAUGGGAAUUCAAGCAACUGAUCAAAAGUGGACAAUAUAUUGUCUAUCAUAUAAUUAUGAUGUCAAUUUUUAUUUUUUAUCAGAAGUUGCUACGUUAAUUGUUCCAAAGACCAUGUCGGCAGUGGAAAGUUUAUUGGGACCAUUCAUUAAAAAUCUCCUUGGGUUUAGACACACAUUAUUGAUGCUUAACACAAAAAUUACAAGAAUGGCAAUAGCUCGCCAAUCUACACCCUCUCCACCUUCGUCACCUCCACAUCAAACCUCUGAAACCCCAAAGAUUGACCGA